AUGAAUGACCGAAAUAGCGAACACUCCACUAGCUCUAGGACCCAUAGGUCUAUUUUGAGCUUUAAUACGAAUGAGACAGGAAGUGAUGGCUAUACAGAAACUAGUAAUUGCAUGACAGAGACUGGUGGGGACACGACAAGUUCAGCGAAUGAUGGUUUUGGAGUUGCAUUUCCUCAACCCAGGCAUGGGUUUGAAGAAGAAUACAAUAAUGCAGAAUAUAUUAAUAUGCUAGAACAAGUGUUUUAUAUGUAUUAUACGGAUAAGCGGCAUCGCGGUGUGAUUAGUAAAAGGUCUGCAGAAGCCACGGAAACUAUACAUGACUGGAGAAUGCGUGAAAGGUUGAAAACAAUAUCAGCAGCACUGUUAGUAUGUUUAAACAUAGGAGUAGAUCCUCCUGAUAUAAUCAAACCCAACCCUUGUGCUAAAUACGAAUGUUGGAUUGAUCCAUUUUCCUUGCCCGCUUCUAAAGCGUUGGAAGCUAUCGGAAAAAAUUUGCAGCAGCAAUAUGAAACGCUCAGUAUGCGUACUAGAUAUCGUCACUACCUUGAUCCGGCAAUUGAAGAAGUAAAGAAGCUUUGUAUUGCACAACGCCGAAAUGCUAAGGAAGAGCGCAUAUUAUUUCAUUAUAAUGGCCAUGGUGUUCCUAUGCCUACUUCUUCUGGUGAAAUAUGGGUAUUUAACAAAAAUUACACUCAAUAUAUUCCGGUAUCUUUGUAUGACCUACAGACGUGGUUAGGAGCGCCUUGUAUAUAUGUCUACGAUUGCAGUGCUGCUGGAAAUAUCAUUGCUAAUUUCAACCGAUUCGCUGAGCAGAGAGACAGAGAGGCUUUCCGUCUUGCCAAACAAAACCCUAAUAUUUUGGCUAUGCCAUCGCAUGCCACCAGUAUCCAACUUGCAGCCUGUGGUCCAAAAGAAACACUUCCUAUGAAUCCUGAUCUUCCUGCCGAUCUUUUCACGUCUUGUCUGACUUCUCCUAUCGAGAUAUCUGUCCGGUGGUAUGUGCUUCAAAACCCAUUUCCCAGCAAUUUGAACUUGAAUAUGCUUUUGAAAAUACCUGGCCGUUUGCAGGAUCGUCGCACUCCGCUUGGUGAAUUAAAUUGGAUUUUCACAGCCAUUACGGAUACUAUAGCUUGGAAUGUUUUCCCCAAACACCUUUUUCGAAGACUUUUCCGUCAGGAUUUGAUGGUAGCCGCUCUUUUCCGCAAUUUCCUUUUAGCCGAACGCAUUAUGCUGGUGCAUUCAUGUCACCCACAAUCUAGUCCUCCUUUGCCCCCGACCCAUGAUCACCCAAUGUGGAAUUCUUGGGAUCUCGCCAUUGACAACUGUUUGUCCCAACUUCCGGAUAUGCUUGAAGCUGAAAGCAAGGGAGUUUCUUAUGAAUAUAAACAUUCCAUGUUCUUUAGCGAACAAUUGACAGCUUUCGAAGUCUGGCUUUCUCAGGGCUUAAUAACUCGCAAACCACCUGAUCAAUUGCCUCUUGUAUUGCAAGUCUUGCUUUCGCAGGUACAUCGUCUUCGAGCUUUGAUUCUCUUAUCUAAAUUCCUUGACCUUGGAAUUUGGGCCGUUGAUUUAGCUCUAUCCAUUGGUAUCUUCCCUUAUGUUUUGAAAUUACUGCAAUCACCUGCUAUAGAAUUAAAGCCAGUUUUGGUAUUUAUUUGGGCAAGGAUCUUAGCGGUCGAUGACUCAUGCCAAGCAGACUUACUCAAGGAUAAUGGUUAUGGGUAUUUUGUACAAAUCUUGAAUCCAAAUUCAUCAAUUUUUCCUUCAAGCAAUAUUUCUGAACACAGAGCUAUGUGUGCAUUCAUUUUAAGCAUUUUCUGUCGAGGAUUUCCACAAGGACAGUUAGCUUGUCUUGGUCCUCAAGUAUUAUCGCAUUGUCUGAGUCAUCUUAAUAGUCCUGAUUCAUUGCUUAGACAGUGGGCUUGUCUUUGUAUUGCACAACUCUGGGAUAAUUAUUCCGAAGCAAAAUGGUCAGCUAUACGUGAUAAUGCUCACACGAUGCUUGGUGAGAUCGUUUUCGAUCCUGUCCCGGAGGUUCGUGCCUCAGCUUUAGUAGCUUUGACCACAUUCUUGGGCUUUCCCGACAAAACAGAAGAAGUCAUAGCUAUUGAAACAUACAUUGCCUUCUCUGCCCUUGUUGCAAUGUCAGAUGCAUCUCCUAUGGUGCGUCGCGAACUGAUGAUAUUUUUAUCCCAUUUUGUGGUUUGCUAUAAGAAGAGAUUCAUCGUAGUAGCUUAUGAAGAUAGCAUAUCUUUGAAUCCAAGAAAAAAACAGCAUACCCCCAUUAGUGAAUCAACUAUAUUUGAGACUGUUUGGCAAGCUAUUUUGAGUUUGUCAGCUGACCCGAGCGUGGAAGUAUCAAUGGCGGCGGAAGCCGUUGUAAAUUAUGUUUACCAAACUAUUCUUAACUCAUCGCUAAAAGAUGAAUUUUCUGCUUUCGUUUCUAAAAGUUUGCCGGUUCCACGGAACCCAAUUACAGCCCAAGAUACAGUCACUGAGAAUACUGCUCUUGACGGUGACUCGCGAUCUUAUUCUGCGUCCCGAAGUCCAGCUGAAAGGACAAAGUUAAAUAGAUCGUUUUCUUUGACAAAAUCAUUAAAAGGACUGGCUUUAAGUUUCUCAGGAAAUGAUAAAGCUUCUGACAUACUUUCACUCAAUGGAGACAGCAAAGCAAGUGACUAUGGAGCUUCUCGCCUGACGGAUGCUAAAAUUCCUGUUCCUCCUUCUUUUAACAGUAUAGAGUAUCAAUCUGAACUUGAUAUGCCUAUAACGAGCCAUUUCUUCGACUGGUCUCGUAAGUAUUAUACGGAACCUCAGAUGAGACCUAAUGAAGAUGAUGAACCCGGCAGCGUUUGCUACAACCAACGCCUUUGGAGAAGAAACAGAAACGAAAAGCUCAUUUAUCAGACAAGACCUCUUGCCGAGCUUUCUGGGAAUAACCAUUGGAAUCAGCAGGUUUCAUCGAUAAAUAAUGUCUUUACUCCGAAAAAGCUAGUUUUUCAUCAAUUUGAAGAUCAACUGGUAUCACUAAGCAAUAACAACUUAAUUCAAGUCUGGGAUUGGAGCCGUUCUAAAUGCCUUAAUGCUUUUAAAACUGCUUCGAAUUUAAGAAGUGAUGUUAUGGAUAUGCAACUAUUAAACGAAGACGACAUUGCUUUGUUAAUGACCGGUACAUCCGAGGGCAUUGUUCGCCUUUAUCGCAACUAUGAUACCGAAGACGUCGAACUGGUGACUUCUUGGAAUGCAUUAGGGGAUUUAAUGUUUGGAGACCGUGACGCCGGUUUAUUACUUAAUUGGCAACAAAAUUGUGGCCAUCUCCUUGUAGCUGGCGAUGUUCGCGUUAUACGAAUUUGGGAUGCGUCGAAAGAACUAUGCCAUUCUAGUUUACCAGCCAGAAGUAGCAAUGGUAUUACCAGUCUUACCAGUGACCUUGUGGGAUGUAACGUUAUAGUUGCAGGUUUUUCUGAUGGUGCAUUAAGGGUAUAUGAUAAACGAUUACCAGCUAGGGAAUCUAUGACAGACGUUUGGAAAGAGCACGGUUCAAGGAUUGUCAAUUUGGAGAUGCAGUCGUCAGGAAUGAGAGAAUUAAUUUCGGCUAGUACAGACGGUGAAGUAAAACUAUGGGAUAUUCGAUCAAAUCAUAGUUUGCUUACAAUUCCUGCUCAUACAAAUGAUUUGAUGUCUUUAAGCGCUCAUAGCCAUGCCCCCGUGUUUGCUACUGGAUCUUCCAAUCAAUAUGUAAAGGUAUGGAGUACUGAUGGGAAAAACAUCAACACAUUCCGUGAAAGUUCUCGAUUUUUGACGCAUUCUAAACUUGGCGGGCUUAGUUGCCUGAAAUUCCACCCUCAUCAUCUAAUGUUGGCAUGUGGUGACAGCACAGACAAUCGGAUAAAUUUCUACUCUUGUAAUAAAAACGAACUAAUCACCAAUGCUGUUAAUGAAUACUACUAA